AUGUCAGCCCAACAUCGCAAUAUUCUAACCAACAAUGUCUCAGUGCCCUUAGACAACGGAGGGGUGAUCCGCUGCAAUGUAUACAAGCCCAAGGCAGCUUCAGCGGGAACCAAGUCCCCCGUACUUAUGACUUGUAGACCGUGCGGCAAAGACGUUCCCUUCUCAACCCAAAAAGCUUUUCUGAAGUGCAACCCUACGCACCAAACGGAGCACUCCGCAUGGGAGACUCCAACGUCACAGUCUUGGACCAUCAAUAAUGGCUACAUUGUCAUUCGAGCGGAUAAAAUUGGAAUUGGACAAUCUCCUGGUGUAUUGCAAGUAAAAUCUUCGGCUUCAAUCGAGGGUUUCCGCGAUGUCAUCGACUGGGCUGCUGAGCAAGAAUGGUGUUCGGGGAAAGUAGGCCUCCUUGGUGUCAGCUAUUAUGCUGCGGUUCAAUGGCAGGUUGCGAGCUUGCAGCCCAAAGGUCUAGGAGCCAUUGUGCUAUGGGAGGGAUCUUCGGAUCUAUACAGCGAAUCCUUACGGCACGGGGGAAUUCUCUUGAACAAGUUUUACUCCAUGUGGUAUUCUCGUCAGGUCGCGCCUAACCUGGACGAGCAGCGCGCAACUAGGGUCCCGAUACGGAUGAAGGCAAUCUCAGCCCCAAGGAAUUGA